CUCUUUUCUUUCCUCAACGCACUCCAGUGUCCCCAGUCAUUCUUUUUGCCUACCCCGGCGACACGUGUGGUAUAGAAUAAUAUCAUUCUUUUCACUCUCUUUUGUGCAUAUCCCACCGUCCACUCGUUCGAGAAAUCAGUCACAAUGAAGGCCUUCGCCUGCACCAUUGCCGCCAUGAUGGCGGGCGCUGCCAUGGCCGCUCCGGCCAUGCAGAUUCCUAACGCCGCCAACCUGCCCUCGAUCUCGGCUGUUCCCACUCCCAGUGUGCCAGCUUACUCCAGCUUGGCCACUCCUGCUGCGGCUCUCCCCGCUGAUGGCCGAAACACCGCCGGCGAGCUUGUCACUGGCGCUGGCAAGCCCGCUCAGAAGCUCUUGACCAUCGCCGGUCAGGACUCUCAGCACCUGCUCGUCCAGCUCAGCCCUGCAGUGUCCAACCUGGUCAGCGGUCUCGGACUUCCUGAGGUCGGUGUCCCUGUCGGUACCAUCAUUUCUACCGCCAGCUCCGCCGGUGAUCUCGCCAAGCACGUCGCUCCCGAGGUCAAGGGCCUCCUCACUGUCGCCGGCACUGAUGGAGGGUUCUACCUGGUUCAGCUUGCUCCUUCCGUCGCUAGUCUCCUCGAGGGUCUCGCUCUCCCUGGCGUUGGCGUUCCCGUCGGCUCUAUCGUCUCUACUGUUGGUGACCACGUCAAGCGCGCGGAAGGAAAGGUCGUCAGCGACGCGGGAAAUGCUGCUCAGGGUCUCCUGACAGUUACUGGCCAGGAUGCUAAGCAGCUUCUCAUCCAGCUCAGCCCUGAAGUUACUGCUCUCGUCUCUGGUCUCGGUCUUCCCGCUGUCGGUGUCCCCGUUGGUCAGAUCGUCGCCAGCGCUAGCUCCGUCGGUGACCUGCUGAAGGACCUCGCUCCCCAUGUUAACGGUGUCCUCCACGUCGUCAGCUACGACGGAGGCUUCCUUCUGAUGCAGCUCGCUCCCAGCGUUGCUGGUCUCCUCUCCGGUCUUGGUCUCCCUGCCCUCGGAGUCCCCAUCGGUUCCGUCGUCCAGACCGUCGGUGAGCACCUGUGAAUGUAAGUGGUCUUAUGCUCGAGUCUUUCUGCAAUAAGGUCCACCAGCUGACGAUUUAUGAAUCCAGACACACCAGGUAAAGACCGCCAGAUAGCAUUCCACGACCUCGACCUUCUCUUCACUGGAGAUAUUAUGUGAUGUUCCGAAUCCUUUGACGGCCCUGCCUCAAGGAUGGCUGCACUGUCGAUCAGCAUCAAUUCGACGGAGAUAUGUAUC